AUGGGUAAAGUUCACGGAUCUCUCGCCCGUGCCGGCAAGGUCAAGUCUCAGACCCCCAAAGUUGAGCCCCAGGAGAAGUCCAAGGUCCCCAAGGGCCGUGCUCUCAAGCGCCUCAAGUACACCCGACGAUUCGUCAACGUCACCCUGACCGGUGGCAAGAGAAAGAUGAAUCCCAACCCCGGCUCGUAA